UCUUCUCCUCUGUCUCACCUUCACUUGUUUCACUUGAGAGAAGCCUUUUGGGAGCCCUGCUGCCAGCUUUGCUGUCUGUGGACAAGUCUUUUCUCUCUCUCCCUCCCUCCCUCUCUCUCUCUCUCUCCCUCCCUCUCUCUCUCUCUCCCUCUCUCUUCAGUCUACAGCUGAGCCAGGACUAGGAGAGUGGAGAGGAGAGAGACGUCUCUUUUCACAGCUUUGUGCACACAGGUUCCCUCUCUGGUGUGAUGUUCCUGCAACUUACAACUCUUUUUUUCAUUUUGUUUUAUUAACAGCGCCCUUUAACCCCAGUGCAAGAAGAUCCUGUUUAAUGAAGUGAAGACCCAGAGAGUCUGGAUUGGUGUUGUGGUGGGCAGGAGGUGGUGGGUGACCAAUUGGAUUGAGUUGAAGUUGGGGUUGGAGUGAGGCAACAGCACGGUGCAGUUUUGGAUCAACUAACGUACGCGCCAAGACUUUUUGAGGACUCGCAACGUCUGAGAACCCUCCCGUUGUGGUGGGAGUUUGGUGACAAGUUGAAUUGAGUUUGGAGUUGGGGUUGUGUUGGCCAGAGGCGAGAGACGAGACACCACGGUGGGUGCAGUUUUGGAUCCAGUAACUUUCCAGUAUCCGUUGUCUGACAGGACUUUUUGAGGACGCUUAAAAGGCUGUGGUGGCCGUUGUGGGAUUCCGGGCAUGAGGAUCCUGCGAGGUGUGGAGAGGAGCGGUGGCGGUGGCGGUGGCAGUGGUGGUGGUGGCGGUGGGCGCAUCAUGGCGCUGGUGAGGACCUCUCUACAGAAGGUGAUGCUCUUCCUACACCAGCUGCAGAUCAUGGCCGUCACCUCGCCACGCUACGAGAGGCUGUGCAAGGACAUUCAGGCGGAAUUGGACGCUCACGAUGACAUCAUCAAGGAGGGACCGGUGAACAUCAACAACAACACCAUCCUGCCGAGGCACAACAGCAGCGGCCAGCAGCCCGAAGAUGGAUGCAAGGACAACUCCGACAGCAGCAGAGUGCAUGUGGAAGGUGGCGUGGAGAAGUGGGCGGGACUGAUGGCCGUCCUGGAGGAGCUGUGGGCGUGGCUAAAGCAGAAGGACGAGGAGUUGAUUGGCCAGAGGCUCUCGGCAGAGGCGGAGACGGAGACGGAGGUCGCUCCAGGACACCCGCAGGACCAGUGCAAGAGUUUCCUCCCUCCAAGAGAGCUGGAUACUGACGGCCCCUCGAGAGACCAGGUGUGGUUGUCUCUGACAGCGUUGCCCCCCCACGUGGAGGAGGGACCACAAACUGGGAGCCAGCCGAACACAGAUGUUGCUGAGGAGGAGCGCCCCCUGUGGCCACCACAAGUGGUGCAGGAUGAAGAACAAGGCCAAGGGCAGGGGCAGGGGCAGGGGCAAGGGCAAGGGCAGGGGCAUGGGCAGGAGGGGGCUCCAGAGCAGGGGUGGCAGCAGCAGCUUCACUGGGCCUUGGGAAGGCUGCAGGAGCUCCAGGAUGCUGUGGACCGGCUACAGCAGAGCCUGACCGAGGAGGAGGAAGAUGGAGGAGGAGGAGGAGGAGGAGAAAGAAGAGGAGGAGGAGGAGGAGGCCUGGAGGCCAACCCUGCUGCAAAGGACCCGCCAGCCGACCCUAAACUGGAGCACUGUGAGCAGUUAGCUGGCCUCGUUGAGGGGAGCGAUCCCAUAGCUCGUGUCCUGCAAGUGGUGAGGAAGAACCCGGCACUGUCUCUUCAUCUGGCCCCCGAGACAUCAAUAGAGCUGCACAACCUGAGCACGCGCUGGAGAGGAGCGCUUCCGGGAGAUACAGGAAAUGGAUCCGUCGUCAGGCCGCUGCAGGUGACACCACCUCUCUCCCAGGACACCCUGGCCACUUCAGUGCAGUUCCCAUGGCAGAGGGCAGUCACCCAGAACAACGUUCCAUAUUACAUCAACCAUGAUAUGCAGACCACCACUUGGGACCACCCGAAAGUGACACAGCUGUUCCAGUCCAUGGCUGAUCUGAACCACGUGAGAUUCUCGGCCUACCGAACUGCCAUGAAGAUACGGCGGCUGCAGAAAGCCCUCUGCUUGGACCUGCUAGACCUGUGCAUAGCCCAGAGUGUGUUUGAUCAGCACCAGCUGACCCAGAACGCUGAGCUGCUGGAGAUAGGUGAUGUGGUGGGCUGCCUGGCCUCCAUCUACAGCAGGCUGCAGCAGAGGCACCCUGACCUGGUCAACACCCCCCUCUGUGUGGACAUGUGCCUCAACUGGAUCCUCAACGUCUAUGACACGGGGAGAAGCGGAAAGGUGCGGGCGCUGUCCGUGAAGAUUGGCCUUCUCUCGCUAUCCAAAGGACAUUUGGAGGAUAAGUACAGAUACCUCUUCUGUCAGGUGGUUCCCCCGGGGGAGUGCUGUGAGCACCUGGGGCUGGCCCUCCUCCUCAGCGCCUCCCUGCAGAUUCCCCAGCAGCUGGGAGAGGCCUCCGCCUUCGGAGAGGGCAUCGUGGAGCCCAGCGUACGCAGCUGUCUCCAGCUGGUGGGCAGUGAUGGCGAGAUCGACCUGGAGCAGUUUGUGGACUGGAUGCAGCUGGAGCCUCAGGCGAUGGUGUGGCUCCCUGUGCUCCAUCGGGUGGUGUCCGCCGAGAGUGCCCGCCACCAGGCACGCUGCAACAUCUGCAGGGAGUGUCCCAUGCUGGGAUUCAGAUAUCGUAGCCUGAAGCACUUUAACUACGAUGUGUGCCAGAGCUGUUUCUUCUCUGGCCGGACAGCAAAGGGCCACAAGCUGACCUACCCCAUGGUGGAGUACUGCACUCCGACCACCUCUGGAGAGGAUGUGCGCGACUUUACCAAAGUGCUGAAGAACAAGUUUCGCUCGAAGAAGUACUUUGCCAAGCACCCGCGCCUCGGCUACCUGCCGGUGCAACUUUUCCUGGAGGAAGACAGCAUGGACAUGUGAGUGAUGAUGUGACCAGGCAUUAUUAA